AUGAAGUUUAGACGAAUCUCUAGCAGUGGUCAGACAGCAAUUCCUGCAUAAGAGACCUAUGUGUGGUAUGGAGGAUUUAUGAUGGAAUAGCCACCUGGUCUGCAAACACUGCAUGAAUUUAAGACACUCUUGGGUCUGCAAGAUCUGAAUCAAAAGGCCAGUCAACAAGUUGAUCAAGUCUAUAAUACCUUUGACAGAAACAAGGAUGGAUUUGCUGACUUUUCAGAGUUUAUUGCUGCUGUAAAUCUAGUAGCACAAGGGAAAAAAAAGAAGUAAAAAUUAAAAUGUUAUUUUAAGCUGUAUGUUGUUGAUGGAAAUGGUUCUACUGACAAAAGAGAACUACUGAACAUCCUCAUGGUUAUAUAAGCCCUCAAUGGCCAGCAAACCCUGAGUCCUGAAGAAUUUACCAAAUUGGUGUUUCAUUAG